CGUUUCUAUUUCCGUCCGCCAGGUUUCGUGGCGUCGCCCCCAAUCGGGAGAUAUUGGAUGCACACGUGCGAUGGAGAGUCGAUGAGAAGAAACAAAAAAAAAGAUAACCAUUGGUUUAUUUGGUUUUCAAUUUUAGUUAUUUAGUAAUGUAAAUCCCGUUGAAGAUGUUAAGUUAAUGAUUUUUGAUUCUUUUUUUAUUUCGUCGGAAAUCAUGUCCUCUAAAAGUGAAUUAAAAAAAUUGAGUGAAGAGAGCUUAACAAGACAACCAGAAGAAGUUUUUGAUGUAAUUUGUAAACUUGGAGAAGGGAGUUAUGGCAGUGUUUAUAAAGCACUACAUAAAGAAUCUGGACAGGUGUUGGCAAUUAAAUUAGUACCUGUGGAUACUGAUUUAAAGGAAAUAAUCAAAGAGAUAUCAAUAAUGCAACAAUGUGACAGUCCAUACGUGGUGAAAUACUAUGGAAGUUAUUUCAAGGGUACUGAUUUAUGGAUUGUAAUGGAAUAUUGUGGAGGUGGUUCAGUAUCUGAUAUUAUGAGGCUUAGAAAGAAAACAUUAUCUGAAGAUGAAAUAGCAACGAUAUUAUCUGAUACAUUGAAGGGAUUAGAAUAUCUACAUCAAAGGCGUAAAAUUCAUAGAGAUAUUAAGGCAGGAAAUAUAUUGCUUAAUACAGAGGGUCAUGCUAAGUUAGCAGACUUUGGUGUUGCUGGUCAGUUAACGGAUACUAUGGCUAAAAGAAAUACAGUCAUAGGUACACCAUUUUGGAUGGCUCCAGAAGUUAUUCAAGAAAUUGGCUAUGAUUGUGUAGCUGACAUCUGGAGUUUAGGAAUUACAGCAUUAGAAAUGGCUGAAGGAAAACCUCCUUAUGGUGAUAUACAUCCAAUGAGGGCUAUUUUCAUGAUCCCAACAAAACCGCCACCAUCUUUUAGGGAUUUAGAUCGCUGGUCAUCAGAAUUUAUUGAUUUUGUAUCACACUGCCUUGUCAAAAAUCCAGAAGAGAGAGCAACUGCAUCAGAAUUACUACAGCAUGAAUUUAUUAAAAAUGCCAAACCUGUAAAUAUUUUACAACAAAUGAUUGCUGAAGCAAAGGAAAUUCAAGAGAAUGAGACGUAUCGCAGAGACAGAGUGAAUAUGCUCGAAUCUGAUGAAGAUGAUAUUGACUGUGGGACAAUGGUAGCAUUUGUGCCUGAUUCGGGAACAUUGGUGCCAAAUAAUGAUAUUGAAGAAGGUGGAACUUUAGUUGCUCAUAAUAAUGGAGGAACAUCAGUCGUAAGCAGUGAUGUUGAAUCUGAUCUUGGUACCCUUGUAAUUAAUAGUGAUGGAGAAGAAGAAGAUUCAACAAUGAAAAGACACGAUACAGCAACGGGAGAAAAGAAAGAAAAUUAUCGUCCUUAUUUCCUCGAUCAUUUUGAUCAAAAAGAGAAGGAGCAACAGAAACAUCACAAUCGUAGUCCCACACAGACUGAUGUAAAUAGCUCUACUUCUUCAUUAAGUCAAAGUGGCACACCUCAUCCUAAUCACUUCCAACAGAAUCUCAAAUCCGGCCAGAAACCACAAGGUCAUGAAAGAAAAAGUGCCAAUCAUCUACAACAUCAUUUGAAUCAAAUAAGCAAUGCAGGUCCAGGAGCAGCUCAUCAUGAUUACACAAAGUUUCAGCGAUCUUUUGUGGAUGGAGACUUUAGUUUUCUAAUGUUCCUUAGUUACGAUGAACUCCAGGAGAGGAUGGCAAAUUUGGAUUCCGAAAUGGAGAAAGAGAUUGAAGAACUAAGACAUCGCUAUCAAGCGAAACGCCAACCAAUUCUUGAUGCCAUGGAUGCAAAGAAGAAGAGACAACAAAACUUCUGAUUUCUAGUCUUAUAUCUAGCUUAACAUCAAAUGGGUUCCUAGGCAAGUAGUGACCAAACAUGGUUGUCCUGCCCAUGUGUGUCGGAGGAGAAAAUCAUAUAUGGUUUGUGAUAUAAUGGACAAUCACAAAGAAUUAAUAUAGGGACUAAAAUUUCUUUCCUGAAAUUAUUUACAAGUUUGGGGAAUAAUUAUAGAAUAUAGUAUUUGUAUUUAAUACUGUAUAGCUUAACUUUUACUGCAAGUUUGACUAAGAAUAUUUUUCUCUCCAAAAAAAUUCUGUUCCAUGAACAGAAAAAUCAUAUAUUACAUCCCUGUAAAAAGUUAUAUUUCAGAAAAAUCGUCCCAUAUAUCAAGUAAAAUUGGUUAUCAAUAAUUAGUGUGAUAAAUUCGUACCCAAUUAAGUUGACAUUUUAGAAAAAAGUAAAAAAAAAUUUUUUUAGUUAAUUGUACUUAGAAAAUAAUGUUCUAAAAAAUUACAUAAGUUUAUUUAAUGUUGAUCCAACAUUUAGUUUCAAUUAAUUGUUCAAUUGGUCUAACUGCAAUAAGUGCCUGUAGUUAAAAAGCAAAAUAUUCUCUCAAAUAUCAGGCACUAGAUAAUUCUUAUAAUAUAUCAAAUAAAUCUAUAUACACUAUAUUAGAAAAAUAUUUUUUUUUUCUUCAAAUGAAAGAAGUGCAGUAGAAAUCUGUUAGAAUUUCAAAUAUUAAUUUUAAAAAAUAUUUUAUCUUUUAAGUCUUUAUCACUUACAAAUAGAAUAUACGAAUAAGAAGUUCUAUAGUUGUCACAACUAUUUCGUAUAAAGACCAUCUUUCUUUGAAAGUUAAUUUUAUCGGACUCUAUACAACAGAAUUGCAGUCUAUAAGCUAAGAAUUUUUCUCAAUCUUUCGACUAGUUACAUUUGAAAAUAGAUAAAUUUUUUAAUCAAAAAUAUUCCAGAGUUAUCUCAAUAAUUAAAGAAUUAUUUGAGCAGUUUAUAGUAGAAGAAUCAAAAAUCUAAAUUUUAUUUUUUACCUAUAUGCAAUUCUAAAUGGUUUAUACUGCACAAUUUCUUUUAAAAUUCAAAUCAAUUUAAUUUAUACACCCAAAAAUUUAAGAUUUACUGCCAUAAUUAUUCACAAAUGAGUUGUUUUUAUUUACCAGUUUUACUGUUUUACUGAAAAAUAUGGAAUGAUAAUUUUAUAUUUAAUGUUUAUAUGAAUUAUGAAAUGUGAGAAAGUUAAUUUUUCUUCAGAUCAUGUAUAUUUUAUAGUUGUAUGUAAUUAUGUUAUAUAUUUAAUUAAUUGCCACAAAAUAUUGAAAUUUGCCAAGAUGAGUUUUAUAGAACUUGAAUGGAGAAUCGCUUGUUAGAAUUGCAUUUAGUUAAGUCACGAGAGAUGACGAUAAUUUUAUAUGUCAACAGUCUAUCAUUUUUCCCUUCCCCUAGACUUUUUAGAUUAAGAAAAUGAGAGUUUAUGACUUUUUUGUUAUACAAAAUAAAUAUUUGAAAGAGAAAAAAAAGUGACAUUUAAAUAUUCAGAGAGUAUUUUUGUAUCGUAAUUGUCCAACGAGUACUAUGCAAGAAGUACGACAAUAGAGUGAUUUGACAGACACACGUAAACAGACGGUGGCAAUAAAAAAAAAAAAGAAACAAAGCAUACACCCUACCAAUAAUUAAUUCCAACAUCCCUAGACUUAUAUUACCCAGUUUAAUUAUAAUA